AUGGCAACUCCGGCUCCCGUUUGCAGUUCCGUGGCUGGGUCUGCUCUGGAGGUGACUCCGCAGCCUCGGCUCUUCCUCACCUUCCUGCUUGGUAGAAAGUUUUUCUCGGGACCUGGCGCGGUAGGGAAGGAGGCGAGUGUUGCUCGCAAGCCCGGCUUCAGCCACCUGCGUUUCUCGCCUGAAAGAGGCCGCUUAGGGAUAAGUGGGGCCGACUCACUGUGUGUCCCCGCGGGAAAAGACGCCUUUCCUAGCCAUGGAGUGACGUGUACUCGAGGGUGGCUGGGUGAGGGGCUGGACCCAGGAUCUGAGGUGAGGGCUGGGAAGCCAAAGGACGACCUGGCUGUCCCGGAUGAGACUAACAAACCAGUCAGAGAAGAGACUGCGGGAAGGAAAGUGUACUCUGGUUUUAUUUAUGUAUCACUGGCAUAUGAUUUUUUUUUUAAUUGCAGUUCAAGAAAGAUUGAAGAGGAUGACUUUGAAGAUGUCACAACAAACCAAAAAUGGGUGAUGUCUCCAAAAGCACACGACACUGAUGUGACGCAGUUGUUAAACCAAUUGCUGAGUGAAUAUGAUAAAAAGCUACGUCCAGACAUUGGAAUGAAACCAACUGUCAUCGAUGUUGACAUUUACGUGAACAGCAUUGGCCCAGUGUCAUCAAUCAAUAUGGAAUAUCAAAUUGAUAUAUUUUUUGCUCAGACAUGGACUGACAGCCGCCUUCGUUUUAACAGCACUAUGAAAAGAAGUCUCACCCUCAACAGCAAUAUGGUUGGGUUAAUUUGGAUCCCAGAUACUAUCUUCAGGAAUUCUAAAACUGCAGAAGCUCAUUGGAUUACUACACCAAAUCAGCUCCUGAGAAUAUGGAAUGAUGGGAAGAUCUUAUAUACUUUGAGGCUUACCAUCAAUGCUGAAUGCCAACUGCAAUUACAUAAUUUCCCAAUGGAUAAGCAUUCAUGCCCACUGGUAUUCUCCAGCUAUGGCUAUCCUCGAGAAGAAAUGAUGUACAGAUGGAGAAAAAACUCAGUAGAGGCUGCAGAUCAGAAAUCUUGGAGACUUUAUCAGUUUGACUUCAUGGGUCUCAGAAACACAUCUGAAAUUGUGGAAACAUCAGCAGGUGACUAUGUAGUCAUGACUAUAUACUUCGAUUUAAGUAGAAGAAUGGGAUACUUCACUAUUCAAACAUACAUUCCCUGUAUAUUAACAGUUGUCCUAUCCUGGGUGUCCUUUUGGAUUAAAAAAGAUGCCACACCAGCAAGAACAGCCCUAGGUAUCACCACUGUAUUAACCAUGACAACUCUCAGCACCAUUGCAAGAAAUUCCUUACCCCGAGUUUCCUAUGUCACUGCCAUGGAUCUGUUUGUGACCGUGUGCUUCUUAUUUGUCUUUGCUGCUCUGAUGGAGUAUGCAACCCUCAACUACUAUUCAAGCUGCAAGAAGCCACACUGUACAAAGAAGAAAAAGUCGCUACCUGAUGUUAGUUUUGGUCACAUGAUGAACUAUUCUGUACUUGAGAUGAGACCUCCUCCUACAGUCAUUGCAUUGAAUAAUGCCAUGUACUGGCAAGAAUUUGAAGACAAUUGUAUCUAUGAAUGUCUGGAUGGGAAGGACUGUCAGAGCUUUUUCUGCUGUUAUGAAGAAUGUAAAUCAGGAUCAUGGAGGAAAGGUCGGAUACACAUAGACAUCUUAGAACUAGACUCUUAUUCAAGGGUCUUUUUCCCUACAUCAUUCCUGCUAUUCAACUUGGUAUACUGGGUUGGAUACCUCUAUCUUUAG